AUGCCUGUUUCUAUGUAUUUAGGUGAUGACCAGGCGACUGAUAGAUUUCCUAAAGGGUAUGAUAUUCUACCAGAAUGCGGAGGUUUAUGGAAGGGACCGGAAGCUGGCUAUAUCCAUUCUCCAAACCACCCAGGCAAGUACGAGAAUAGUUUGGACUGCGUUUAUGUUAUUGAAGCCGUUUUCGGGCACGUGAUUUCCCUGACCUUCGAUUCCAACUAUAUGAUAGAGAGUUCGGUAGACUGUUCAUUCGAUGUGCUGGAGAUUCGUGAUGGGCGUUGGGGAUUCUCGCCGCUAAUAGGCACGUAUUGUGGAAAUAUUUUACCCGAACUUACUGUCACCAGCGGGCGCUAUUUAUGGAUGAGAUUCUCCACCGAUGACACUGUUAUUGAAACAGGGUUCAAUGCUUUUUACGACUUCAUACCAGACUGCGUGGUUGAAAUUGGUGGAAUCGAAGGUGAAAUCAACUCUGUAGAAGUCCAUCCUAAUGCUAAAUCAAACGAUAUCGAUUGUAUAUGGCAGAUCACGGCACCUUUAAAUCAUAAGCUCCUUAUAUCGUUCAAAGAAUUUACCUUGGAUAAAAUGAAUAUAUGUGACGAGAAUCAGGUGUCACUGUACGAUAGAUUGAGCCAUCAGAGCUGUUUACUACACAAAUUCUGCAGCGGCAGUGCCCCCGAUGUCUUCUCUUAUAGUAACAGAGUCUAUAUCAGAUAUGUGACGGGGACUCUGAGUCUUGAAAGUAGUUUUAUAGCCACAUACACUGCCUUUAUAGACUACCCAUGUAACGGGACGUAUUUUGCCUGUGGUCAAGAGAUGUGUAUUGACAGUUCAUUAGUUUGUAAUAACAGACCAAAUUGCUAUCACUAUGCCUGGGACGAGAAAAAUUGCCCUGAGGUGAGUUACACACCUCCCCUGAUGGACAUCUACGCUGGUGUAUUAUUCAGCUCAUUGGCAGGAACAACUAUGGUUAUCAUUGGGAUUAUCAUCGCCCUCUCGUGUCGACAUUCUUGGAGACAAACCAAACGCCGUGCAUCUAUCAUCGACUAUCGUCGAAGGAGUCUUGCACAUCGCAGCUCGGCACGAAGCUCGGAUGCUACCAGUGGCGGUGGUUUGCACCCCGGGGAAUUUAAUGGUUGUUCCAUCAGCCGUCGUGGUAGUUUGUCAGGUGAUCAGAUAGGCAUUAGCGAAUAUCACGAACUCGAUACUAUCUCUUCUAAAUACAACCAUUCAAGAAGGAAUUCUGUGAGCAGUGGGCGUUCAAGUCCAACUCACAAAAUGGCUAACAGUCACAGCUACCAGAGUCAACCAGUGACACUGCAAGUACCACCGAAUACCGGUCAGUGUGCGCAUGAUAAAAAAGACGGUCAAUACCCUGACGACAGAAUAGUAUCUACUUCUUUCACAUAUGGACAAGGAUUUGAGAAUUUUUCAACAGAUUUCAGUCGACCUCGAGGUUCGUUUGAUCAGGAGUUCACCUCGAUGUUACCAUUUAGCAGUGAACCAAGGUGCAUGGCUAGAACAGUUACAGAAAUCUGA